AUGGCUUGGCUGAUGAAAGUGGAUAACAUCUGGCACAGGGAGGACAACAACUGUGAGAGAGAAUAUGUGCAACAUGUUCAACCAUCAUUUUAUUGUAGUGCUGAAUGAAAAGAUAUGCCUGCCUCCUUAAAUUAACUAUUGCCGAAGCUUCCAUUUCUCUCUCUCUCUCUCUCUCUCUCUCACACACACACACACACACACACACACAACCAAAUGGUCAAGUGUUUUCUCUUACGGAAACCUGGGACACUAGGGUUCAAAUCCCCAUUUAGCCAUGAAGCCUACUGAGUGAGCUUGGGCCAAUCACCUUCUCUCAGCCAAAGCUACCUCACAGCCAAAGCUAUUUGUGAAGAAGAAGAAGAAGAAGAAGAAGAAGAAGAAGAAGAAGAAGAAGAAGAAGAGGAGUUUGGUAUCCCGCUUUAUCACUACCCGAAAGAGUCUCAAAGCGGUUAACAUUCUCCUUUCCCUUCCUCCCCCACAACAAACACUCUGUGAGGUGAGUGGGGCUGAGAGACUUCAGAGAAGUGUGACUGGCCCAAGGUCACCCAGCAGCUGCAUGUGGAGGAGCGGGGACGUGAACCCGGUUCACCAGAUUGGAAGACUACCACUCUUAACCACUACACCACACUGGCUCUCGAUGAUGAAAUGGAGAAGGGAGAAGUGUCCUCAUUUGAGAAAAAGUGAGGUAUAACAACAUAUAUGACAUUAUUAUUAUUAUUAUUAUUAUUAUUAUUAUUAAUAUUAUUCCCCAGUCACUCUGAGUGGCUUCCAAUAUAAAAAAUGCCAAACAUUAAAUUAUGAGGGACACAAUUGGAAGGCUGGUUCAAUGUGCGUCCCUUGGAUCUCUUUUUGUAGUAAUGCCAAGUAUACAAUAAUGAUGCAUAUGGAACACUCGUUCUCCUGCUUACACUCAUAAAGCAUCAUGCAAGUAGUGCAACAAUGGGAUAUGAUUUAGAGAAGGCAUCCAUGCUUUCCCGAAGUCACUUGCGAUAAAAGGAGCAUAGGCAUCCCUUUUUGUAGGCUGGUUACAAUGCUUUUACCACUUUCCCUUCAGCACAACUGAAAAUGCAGUCAUUGUUAGAGUUGCCAAUUUGUCACUAUUUUAUUGUUCCAAUUAACUGGUUAGGUAAUCUGUAUGAGGGAGCAGGGUCUGAAAAGCAAGAAAACAAACUCCACCAGGGAUGACCCAUUUAAGUUUGCCAAGCUCCAUCAAUGGCCUGCUAGAUUCCAAUGUGGUUUCUCCUCUGACUUACAAGGUGAGCUCUCUUUUUCUUGUUUUUGCAGUGCAAAGCUUCUUGGAGGGGCUUCAAAGCAUGGCAUACCACCACAGCACUAAGUAAAACACAUUUUUAAAGGAUGCAGGAAGCAACCACAGAUUGCAUUCUGCGCAAUUCUGUUCAAAAAGGGCCACUGUACGUGCAAUAAAGUUUCUGCCUCCACAUUGUAUUGCAAGCCCUGAGUUCCAGUCCCAAGUACAGUGGGUGAACCAGCUUGCAGAAAGGUUUAUAGAUCUGUAGACUGAGGGUAUGUACACAUUAAUUAAGCACAGCAAAGCCAUUUCCCACCACUGAGUUUCAAGUUGCACUUGCACCAUGAUGUACACAUCAGAGAGGCAGCGAGGAUGUCUUCACUUGACAAACAUGUUUCCUCACCUCUGUACCACCCUGCAAAGCUCCUAUUAGUGAAGCUAUCAUCUGUGCAUGUGCAGUGGCUAUCUCAUAGGUACAUGCAUGGUUUAAAUAUGAAGCGAAUGCGGGAUGAUAAUGAUGAUGAUGAUAUUUUUAUUGUUUAUACCCCGCCUAUCUGGCUGGGUUUCCCCAGCUACUCUGGGAAGCUUACAGCAUACAUAAAGCAUAGUAAAAUAUCAAACAUUAAAACUUCCUGAUACAAGGCUGCCUUCAGAUGUCUUCUAAAAGUUAUGUAGUUCUUUAUGUCCUUCACAUCUGAAGGGAGGGCAUUCCACAGGGAGGGCGCCACUACGGACAAGACCUUCUGCCUGGUUUCCCAUAAUGUCACUUCUCACAAUGAGGGAAGCAGCAGAAGACCCCCGGAGGACCUCGGUGUUCAGGCUGAGCUAAGUUAAGUUUUCUAGUCAGAUUUUGCUGGUCUGAGAAAAGACGAAUCAAACAGCAACAUUUCCCACAGUGCUUUGGUGCACCCAUGGCACUGUGGACGAUUUAAAGUGAUGGUUUCAUAAACCACCUACUGCUUCUGUCAAGUAAGUCUGAAGUUGGGGUGUGUGAGAUUGAAAGUGGCACCUCAGACAGCACUUUAUGAGACCCCCUCAACCCUGGAGCUAGUCCUGAGCAGUAUUCUUGAAAUACUGGAAAAGUUGCCAUCUUUAGAUUUUGCACUACUUAGCCAAAGAGGAGUGUUUUAGUGCAGCAGAUGUUCUUGACACUACAGCAGAGCAUUACUUUGACCAGGAACCUGCUCUAUGGCAUGUUGUAUAACACAUAUACCAUUAAGGUCCUUAUUUCCUAACGGUAUUUGAUUUGGCCAUCUGUAUUAGCCACUGAAAAAAUAGCAAUCUUGGGUUUGAUAGAUGAGCUCCUUUGGUUAAAUGACAGUCUGGUGUUGCUGAUACGAAUAUCAAUGAAUGGAACAAGGAGACAGAGUCCCAGUGUGCCAAGCUGCAGUGCAUAUUUGCCUUAUUUUAUGCCAUUUCUGCUUGGGAUUACUGAAAAUACAUUUCAGUCACCAUCCGCAGCCAUCCAUUUUAAGGAACGUAUCACUCUGGAAGGAAGGCUGAAUUGAAUGGGCAUUAGCAUCACUGGUAGUUAUUGUUAAAAUGCUGGCAAAGUGGGGGGUGGAUGGCUGUUCUGGUGGAGAAGGGCAUUUCAAAGCCUGGGGGCCAUUAAAGACCACACACAGCUGAACCUCUGACAGUGGCAGAACAUGGAGAAGGGCCUCUCUCAGUGAUCUCCUUGGGUGGGCAAUUGCAUUUGGCUGAAAGUUGUCCUUUAAAUAUGCUACAAUUUUUGCUGCGCUAUCCUUUUUGCAGGAAGCCUCCGUCUGAGGUUGUAGGUUUAAAUCCUCCAGUCCUAAUGUGAAGCCUGUAACAUUAAUAAUUUUAAUUCAUGGUGAAUGAGCCUACCAUCAGUUAUUGCUGUUGUAGAUAAAUGAAGCCUCCAGGUACAGACUGUCAGAUGUAGAAGACAAAGAACAGGGGAAGGCCAUCUCUUUUGUGCCCGGCUUGUGA